AUCUUUUUAAAGAAACGGAUAAAUCUACACCCUCAACUGCAGAUUUCACUAAGCCAGUGGAUUCAGAAAAUCAAAUUUCCAUAAAUGAUAAUGUAACUAGCCCUAUUGAGGUUAUGAGCACUACACCUGAUAAUUUUGACAAUUUAGAUGACUCAAUUUCAAAGGACACUAGCAGUCAAAUUCAACAUCCUAUAUAUGAAUAA